AUGGAGCCUUCCAAGUCCAUUCGAAAACUCCUGUUCCGCAGCGAGCCACUGGUAUCAUGUGCAUCCUCCUCGACACCACCAAACUUCCACAACAGCGAUCCCUCCAUGAGCUUCCACGACGCCUUGGAAUUCUCUGCAAGGUCGGAGGAACGUGGUGUGAAGCUAGAACAACCCUCCCACGAGAGACGCAAUCGAUCUCUUCGUGUGGAGGAUGUCUUUGAGGGAGUGGACGAAUCUGUUUUGUGUUUCUGCCGCAGCAACUCCUUCUCCAUUCUGGAGCCACCGGGAGGAACAGGCGGUGGUGUGUCCUUACACAACUUGGAGGACUUGGUGGCGCCUCCAUUGCUUCGCGAAAGUGCAGGAGGUGCAGAGUCGUCCCCUGACGACGACAGUAGUCCCAAGAGCGUCCCUACUGCUAGGAAAUCACUGUGGGACUCAAUGGGAAAGAACACCAUGCGCCUCAAAACCACGACGAGAGCUGCCUCGGAAAGAGACUCUUCCACGUCCAGCAGCGAAGGCGACGAUAGCAGCAGCGAUUCCACGUCUACUAGUAGUGGCGACAAUGACAACGAUAGCAGCACCAGCAGCAGUGAAUCCACGUUGUCAUGCGAUGACGAUGAGAGCAUUGAACUCUUCGUCGAGAGUGCACCACGUCGCGGAGUUGCCCGUGCCAAGUCGGAACAAAAGCCUCGCACUCGACGACCUGGUCUUGCGAGAGGAUCUUCCUUGGCGGUGCUUUCCAUCAUGAGGUGCAGCCUAUCGAAAGGAUCCAACCAUGAUGAUGGUGCCAAGCACAAGAAGCCGUCUGUCCCCAAAACUCGCGGCGUCUCGCGUACCAAGUCGGCAGGAGCCCUUUGGAGAUCCGUUGGCUCUCUUGGUUUCUUCCAGGGCAAUGAUGACGAGCAAGACGACGACAAGACAGAAACGGAAGGGACGACAAUCACGGAGAAACCAGAGUUCCGAUGGGACACAAUGAGAUUGCCCAUACAAUGCCACGAUGACCAAGACCCAACCCACAAUGAGAAGGAUCAAGCUCCAAUCGGAGUGCUAGUUGGCUAG